AUGAUCUCACAACGCAAACUCCUUCGCAAAUCCCUUCGCAAAGCCCGAAGAGCCCACGAACGAGACCAAAAAGACCUUCAAAAACUCGGCCUACGCCUCUGUACCGGCUGCGAUUACUGCACCGAAACCCAAGCUCUCUCGACGCGAAAACCGAAAACAGCAUCGGAGACACCUCGUCGCCACCCAAGGCCGCCCGAGCUACUACCCCGAAGCACAUCCCGCCACAAUCUAGAGAACAGAGUGUUCGAAGCCACAGUAACCAUCAACCCCAGAGACGUUGCGUUAUCCGAGGCCAAAAAAGAAACAGAAUUACGAGCUGAGCCAGGUCGCCUGGUCUACUGGACCGAUGCAUCUUACAAACAUCUCACUCAUACAGGUGGAAUAGGAAUAUGCCAUUUCCCGUCCGCAAGCCCAUGGAUACCCAGUUUUUGGCGCGUCAAUCUGACGCGUAAGUCUCACGUAUUUGAAACUUAUGCGAUUGCGAAAGAAUUGGAACUUGCUUUGCAUCAGUAUCAAGAGAGGGAGAUCAAGGAUGCACCAGCAAUAGUUUAUGUAUACUCUGAUUGCGUUACUGCGUUGGAGUAUUUUGCUCAAUUUCGACGAUCACUAAGUGAGUUAUCCCGACUGCCAUAUGGGAAAGAGCUGGUCGGAUCAGGAAUCAUCGCGGCAAAUCACUUGAUUGCGAGCAAUGUCGAGGUUGAGUUGAGAUAUGUUCCUGGGCACGCGGUUAUUGAUGGGAACAUGAAGGCACACUGGGCGGCUUGGAAAGGCGCUGGAUGA